CAAAAUUUGUGUUCAAUAUGGCGGAAAGAGGCGGCUCUUCGCUUUCAGGAAAUUCAAGUUCCUCUGGGUCUUCAAGUCGAAUUGACAGUGUUCAAGUAGAUGGAUUGGUUGUGUUGAAAAUAAUCAAACAUUGUCAAGAUGAAAGAUCAGCUGGAGAGGUGGUACAAGGAGUGUUACUUGGAUUAAUUCAGAAUAACAAACUUGAGAUCACAAACUGCUUCCCCUUCCCGUCAUCAAGAGCUGGAGAUGACGAUGAUGAAGAUGAUGUCAAUUAUCAGAUGGAGAUGAUGCGUCGCUUACGAGCUGUUAACGUUGAUCACUUGCACGUGGGGUGGUAUCAGUCAACUUACCUUGGGUCAUUUGUGAACAAAACAUUACUUGACUCGCAGUUCAGUUACCAGAGUGCAAUUGAGGAAUCUGUUGUACUUAUUUAUGGUAAGAACAGAAUGAUUCUGUUAUAAAAAAAUCAGUAGUAU